UGGGUCGCCGCCACUGCCUCAGUUGGGCUUGCCGCUUGAUACCGGGUGGAGGUGUACGGACUCUCUGGCCAAACGGCCAUCAAAGCUUCAUUGGAUUUACGUUGCCAUCGUGACUUAGAAAUAUAUUAUGAACUGCGGAUGUGUGUUUUAGUCGUGUUGUAACACUUAAAAAAUCUGUUCUUGACUUACUUAAUUUUGGUAGUUCACAUUAUUGAACGAAAUAUAAAGGAUAAUCAAGUCUUGAGUUGCCUAGUUAUGCAAGUGUGACAGUUGUUGGAUGUCCUUAAAGAAAGUUCUGGUGUAGUGAUCUGGCCUCCACAUCCAUCAAGGAAUGUACACCAGCCACAGAACUGACAUCGCACCAGUAGUGACCAGUUCAACGCGCGCCCAGUGAGCAGUAGGCUGCCUCCCUCCACCAGACGGGUGUUACCGACGGCAUGAAAGGAAGGCUAACGCCCUAGCAGCAGCUACAGCAGCACUAGCACCAGCAGCAGCAACAGUGAGGCGAAGAGGAUGUGGGCGGGGGUGUGGGCGGUGUGGGCGGCUGCGGUGGUGGGCGUUACAGUCUUGCCCUCCACUGUGGCGGCGCUCUCUGGACCCAACGUGUGCACCAAGCAGGAGACGUUCACAAGUUAUGUAAAUGUGUCUUAUACAAAGGCUUACAGAGUACGGACCUACACGUACUGCUUCAGUCUUCCGCCCAAAUGUUCAAAGUACAAGAUAGCUUAUAAAACUUCUUUCAAAACUCAGAGCCAAACGAAGACUCGCACAGUGGAUGUGUGCUGUUCAGGCUUCACCAGAAUACCAGCUGAUGACCGAUGCAUCCCCAUCUGCUCACAGGAUUGCAUACAUGGGGUCUGCAUCAAACCUGACGAAUGUCGGUGUGAAGCUGGAUACUCUGGGCCCAGUUGUAACAUAAGUGACUGGGAGUUUGAUUAUGACCACAUCACAGUUCACAAUGGUCUAAUUCCAUGCUCUGGUCCUGAGUGUUAUUAUUCUUGUCCUGAGGGAAAAUGGGGCAUGGGAUGUGUUCAUGACUGCCCAUGUCUACAUGAAGGAAAAUGUGAUCCAUUGUAUGGCAACUGUUCAUGCCAUGCAGGAUGGAUUGGUCCUUAUUGUGAAGAAAAGUGUCAAGGAGGAUAUUAUGGUGUGGACUGCAAGGAUCGGUGUCGAUGUCAGAACAGCGGGACAUGUGAUCAUGUGUCCGGAGCCUGUCAGUGUCCACCAGGCUGGACUGGUCCCCUCUGUGAGAAAUCUUGCCCUGAGGGAACUCAUGGCACGGCUUGCAGCAACAAGUGCCAGUGCCAGAAUGGAGGCCACUGUGAUCCAGUUACAGGAAAAUGUCGAUGUCCAUCAGGUUGGACUGGAGAUGUGUGCGCCAACCCGUGUCCUCAGGGUACGUGGGGUCAUAAUUGCUCGGAACUGUGUGACUGUUAUAAUUCUGCAACAUGUGAUCAUAUAACUGGCCGCUGUAGGUGCCCUUCUGGAUAUGUGGGUAAUAAGUGUCAAGAAGAAUGUCCUCUUGGUACUUACGGAGUCAAUUGCACUGAAAGUUGCACCUGUCGCAAUGAAGCAACGUGUUCACACAUUAGCGGACGUUGCUUUUGUAAGGAUGGGUGGCUUGGAAGCAAUUGCUCUAUUCCUGCUUGUCCUGCUAAUCAGUACGGCCCAGGUUGCUCGCAUAUAUGUUCCUGUGAAAAGGAUAAUACAGAGAGAUGUCACCCUUGGUUUGGAAUUUGUGAAUGCAAGGCAGGUUGGGCCGGGGAAACUUGCACUAGAGCAUGUCCGUUUUACAAGUUUGGAGAGAAGUGUGCAAAGAACUGUCAAUGUAGAAAUGGUGCCUUUUGUGAUCCAGUUGAUGGAAACUGUAUAUGUGCUCCAGGGUAUAAGGGAGAGCAGUGUGGUGAGCACUGUCCACAAAAUCGAUACGGGCAGAACUGUGAUUUGAAGUGUCGUUGCAAAAACUCUAUCGGCUGUUCACAUGAAUCUGGGAAGUGUAUAUGUAGACCGGGUUGGGAGGGCCAGCAGUGCUCCCUCACGUGUCCACUAAAUGCUUAUGGAGGUAAUUGUACCAAGAUAUGCGAUUGCCAGAACAAUGGCUCUUGUGACCCGGUGUCUGGCAAGUGUACAUGUGGUCCUGGACAUUUUGGGGACAAAUGUGAGAAGACUUGUAAUCAAGGCUACCACGGGAUGGAUUGUGUCAACGUCUGUGCCUGUGUUGGUCCCAAUGUUGAAGGUUGUGAUCCAGAAACUGGCAGAUGCAUAUGCAAACCAGGCUUUAGAGGUGUCAGUUGUGAGUCUCAAUGCCCUCGCGGAUUCUAUGGGGAAUCGUGUACAAAGAAAUGUGAUUGUAAGAACAAUGGAUCGUGUAACCUUCAAACGGGAAAAUGCAUAUGCGAGCGAGGGUGGCAUGGUGCUGACUGCAACACACCCUGCAGACCUACCAAAUAUGGAGUGAACUGCAACCAAGACUGCCCAUCUUGUAUUCAUGGGAAUGGCACAUGCCAUCCACAACUGGGAGAAUGUGUGUGCGCAGCUGGUUGGCAAGGUUCUCGCUGCGAUCGUACCUGCCGUCCUGGCUUGUGGGGAUUCGGCUGUGCAAAUGAAUGUAGAUGUCGAAAUGGUGCAGAGUGCAACCAUGAAACAGGAGAGUGUCUGUGUCUUCCGGGAUGGCGAGGCGGAGACUGCUCGCAGCCGUGCCCUCCUGGGACCUUUGGUUAUAACUGCCUUCAGACAUGCCAUUGUCGCAAUCAUGCGUCGUGCCGUGGCAGUGAUGGCUUUUGUGAAUGCAAGCCUGGAUGGAUGGGACCUGGGUGCACACAGACAUGCCCGGAAGGUUAUUUUGGGCGCCAGUGUUUGAAUGUUUGUAAUUGUAGUACAGAGAGGUUCAUCUGUCACCCAGUCGAAGGCUGCAAAUGCAAAUAUGGUUAUGAAGGUGACAUGUGUGAUAUUUCCAUCACAAGUCCAAUAAUAAAAGAUAAAGAUCUGGUCUUGCCUAACACCUCAGGACCAAACAAUGCUGGACUUAUUGUUGGUGUUAUCUCCAUUAUUCUUAUCACCAUGGUUAUUGCUAUUACCAUUUACUACAGGCGGAGAUUGAUGCGAUUAAAGCGAGAGUUAGCGGUGGUUCAAUACAUUGCCGACCCAGCAGCUACAGAGCGCCCCAAGUCAAUUGAGACUAAAGAGAGCACAAAACUUCGUGCUGCCAAUAAGCUCUCACAAAAGUCUGGACAACCAGUAGCCAAAAGAUGGAGUUCUAUAGCAGACCAACAUCAUUUUGAUAAUCCUGUGUAUGCCUACCAAUCUGUGAGUAAGUCACAACCAAACCUGCUUGAGAAUGGCAAUUUAAACAACGGGGUCACUAUCAAGAAUAAUCUCUCACUCAAAGAUGACAAGAAUCGAGAGUGGGAGAAGCUAGGUACCUUCACUUUCCAUGAUGAUGCUUGUAGUUUAGGAGCUGUUGGGGGUCACUAUGACGUGCCGUCAACGCUACAAAGACAAGCUCGAGUAAAAGCAUUAGAAGCAGAUGCCACAAAUCCAAAUCUCAAUAUCUAUCAUUCUAUUGAAAGUUUAAAGGAUAACAGACUUGUGGAACACGUAUAUGAUGAAAUAAAGCAACGACCACUUCCCCCAAAAGAUCCAGAUGGUGAGUACGAUCACCUGACUUAUUCACGUCCAGUGGGUGAAGUGAAGCCGCACUACUACACUAUGGCAUCUCAGUUACGUCGUUCAGCAGACCAAUUGUCUGAUGAAAGCCCCACAACUGGUAGACCUCCUAUUGGUGCAAUGAUAAAACAACGUUCCGCACAUUCUUCGUCGUCAUCUAAUGAGCUGAAUAUUUCCCGCCCCGAAAUCAGUUUAGAUGAUUAUCCUUGCCUAGCUCAGAAUGGUGUUGAUGGUGGAGUGUCAAAAGUGAGCAACCUUAGUCCUGCUGCCAGUGAUGAUGAAUAUGCUAGGCUGAAAGUCAAUAAUCUCGAUGUUUCAGUGGAUUCUGGAAAACGAGGUGCUUAUGCAAAAUUUGAUGACUUUAAUGUUACCGCCUCCACAACCCUUGAGGAUUCAAACACUAAUCACAACAGUUCAGCAGAAACUGAGGUUUUAAACCCAGACAAAGGUUUAUAAAGUUUUCAAAGAAUCUGAAGAUAUGAAAAUGCAUGGUAAAUGAAAGAAAAUCAGUGCAAAAUAAACUAUAUUACCUGCCACCAUUCAUUGGAACACAUUAACAGACUGGUGGUUACUAAUACAAACUUUGAAGCAGCACCUAAGAAAUGCAGAUUUAACACCUUUUGAAAUAUUGUACUAUAGUUUGGGCCAUGGUGUAGUGUUGUGUAUACUGACUGUGCUUCUCGGAUGUUACCCCCUGGUCACUCACCUGUUAUUAUAUAACAAGUUAAAGACACAUUUGUGCAUCCCCCUUGUACAGAUUCGUAAAUGAUUUUUAUUAGUACAUGUUUGCGGGAGACAAUUUCAUUACAGUUAAGAAACAAAGUAGUGUCCAUCCAUAGUGAUAAUUGGUUGUGUAUAGAUAAUUUUCUGUGGCAAAAAAUCAUCACCUCUUCAUGGCCUUCAUAAAGCAUAAAAGAUGUUUUGUUGACAAAUAUCAGUGACAGAUCACAUGUUGAAUGAAUCUUGAGCAAAUGGACAAAGAUUGUUGUUGAUAUAUUGUGUGCGCGCGUGCGUGUUGUGCAGUGUUUUGGACACGUAAUAUGAAAAAUAAUUUUUUGUAACUGUCUGGAAUAGUUUGUUAAUUUUAACUGCUUUUGUAUAUACAUUUUUUAAACUAUUGUGAAAAUUUUUAUUGUUAAGCACAUGUUUUAAAUUAGUUUUACAAAGUGGGGCUGAGCUGCCUUAUGAAAUUUCAAAGAAAAUAAUUUUACAAAAUAAGGCUUGGCUGCCUAUGAAAAACUUGAUCAUUCCACAGCAUGUAUUGAAAGAUCUUAAGGACUGUAUAUUGAUAAUGUGGUUUUAAUCAUUUUAUUUUAAACCAGUAUGAAAUAGAAUAUUUUACUCAAAUUGUAUUGAUUUGUUUUUUAUUUAUAAAUUGUAUAAGUUUAUGAUGCAAAAAAUUAUUUAUGAAAUAGAUUUUUAACUGUUAAAUUUAAAUUGUUUACUUGAUAUUAAGCUACUGACAUUGAGGAAAACAUUUGGUGUGACAGUUUAUUUUAUGAAUUAUAUAAGAAAAUAAAUUGUGUGA